ACAGCUGGCGACGACGCGUGCUGUGGACUUGCGUCUAUCGUCAAGGUCGUGGGAGAGCGUUAUCAGCGUCACACAAGGUCUGUGUCAGCCAGUCAGCCAGUCAGCCAGUAGACUGUGAGCCGCGUCUUGACUACCAACCACGCCAGAACCGUGAGGCAGUGUUGAAGCUUGUCAGUCUUCCUGCUGCAACAUGCCCGUAUCCGAGAAGAUCGGUAGAAGGAACUGCAUCCCAGUCAUCUACUGCAGAGGAACGCAUUACGAAGUCGGAUUUGAUGUGGGUCGUACAUUUAGUGGACUGAUACAGAGCCUGGUGGCCACAUCAGGGCCAUUAAACAAAAUCUACCUCCCUCUGUACGAAACACAGGAGGGAAGAACAGCAUAUGAUGCAACUCUGGCCUCAGUUAAAGAAAACUUUCCACAAUAUGUCCGGGAGAUUGAGGGAACAGCCGAUGGUGCUCAAGUACCUUUCCACAAGUUGUUCCUUCUCCAUAUGGAUGACAUCUUACCAAAUGUUGUACAAAAGAAAUCCAGUGAAUCCACUAAUGGUUGUUCCACUCUGUGUUGUAACCAGCCAGGCCAGGAAAUAUUGGGCCACAACGAAGAUGCCUUAUCUGAGGUUUUAAAUCACUUCUACUUUGUGUCUGCCCACAUCACAGAAGAUACACCACAGGGACGCUGGAAGGUGAAAGAAGAGAAAUUCACCUCCCUGUGUUACGCAGGGCACUUGCCAGGCUUCACUAUGUCGUACAACCAUCAUGGUUUAGUGUUCUCUGUGAAUAUUGUCAGUGCCAAGACCUUAGUAGCUGGGAAAACCCCUCGCUAUUUUCUAACGAGGGCAUUGCUGGCAGCAGAGAACCUUGUGCAAGUCCAGCAGAUCCUGAGGGAUACCGGUUGUGGUGCAGGAGAUGGAGUCAGCAUCAACAUGACGUUCCUGCAGCAAGAAGGGAACAGGGUGUUCCACAACGCGGAGGUGGCACCAGCAGUCGCUGCCAAGGAGUCACCCCUCAGCAUCCUUACCGUCAGUCCUGGUGAACACAUUUUCCACACCAACAGAUACCUGAGGCUACAAGUUCCAGAAGUGGGUGGGAUGAUAGUGUCUAGCAGUAACCAUAGGGAGACGACCAUGCAGAACAUGCCGGAACCACAGAGUGCUGAUGAUGUCAUCAAAGUACUGGGUGACCAGUCAGACAAGGAGUUCACUAUCUAUAGGGAGUCUGGGGACGAUGACUAUGUCAAAACCAUAUCAACCGGUAUAUUUGAUUGCAUCAAAAAGACAUGGAGUAUCUAUGGGGAUAACCCGAAGACCAACAAACCCUUGCUUGUUUUGCCUUUGGAGCUGAAGGACCAGACAAACUCUACAUGAAUUAAGAAAAAUCAAAUUUUAGUUUUAUCAUACAGUGUCAUGUACUUAAUCAUUGGAGAUCUUGAGAAGUGUGUUCCUUCACUAGUUCCAUCAGUAUUAUUUUGUUGAGUGAAAUGUUUUGGAAAAAAUGUAAUACACUCUCCACUGUUGUGAAAAAUCAAACAUUUACAUUAAUAUUUAUUUUAUGUUUGUUCGUCAGUUGAUGCAAAUGAGAAUUGUUGAAGCUGUAUGUAUACAUGAAUUAUGUACUUUAUAUUCAAGAAGUGUACUUUUUAAGAGACUUCAUAUUGUGAAUGAUAAUUAGCUUUAUCAAUUUAUUUUCAGCCACAAUCGUAUGACCAAAAUAAGUUAUCUUGUUGUUUUAAUUCAAUUUUAAUAUAUCAAUCACCUCCAGUCAAAGAAUUGAAUUCAAUUGUUUUAAAUUGGUCCAUAAGAUGCUUAUUUAUAGUCUAAUUUGAAAUUCAUAGUAAACAGAUAUGGCACUAUUUCUUAUUUCCUUAAUUUUAACCAAACAUUUACAAAAUAUUGAUAUAAAAUUAGCUCAUGACCACAAGUGGAUUUGUAAACAUAUUUUACUGAAAAAACACAAAAUUUGUGUUUUAAAUUCAUAUACUGUCUUCCAUACAAAAUUCAUUACAAUUCAGAAUCUUUAUUUAUUCUGUAUUUAUAAUAUUCAGUGCAUACAUACAAUAAAUUAUAUUCAAUAAUAGAACAAAACUAUAGCAAAACUAAAUUACACCAUAAUUAUUAAGUCUACACUUACAAAAUAUUGAUAUAAAAUUAGCUCAUGACCACAAGUGGAUUUGUAAACAUAUUUUACUGAAAAAACACAAAAUUUGUGUUUUAAAUUCAUAUACUGUCUUCCAUACAAAAUUCAUUACAAUUCAGAAUCUUUAUUUAUUCUGUAUUUAUAAUAUUCAGUGCAUACAUACAAUAAAUUAUAUUCAAUAAUAGAACAAAACUAUAGCAAACUAAAUUACACCAUAAUUAUUAAGUCUACACUUGAUUAAAUUCAAUAAAUUGUCACUUGAUUAAUGAAACUCAUCAUAAUGGAUGCGGAGUAAGUAAGUUUCAU